AUGGAGGCAUUGAGCAUUGAGAAUCUUGAUCAGAGUAUCGCUAUGGUGGCCUUUCAGAAUGCCUUGAGGGUUGGCCCUUUUACCCAGUCACUGGCUAAGAGGCCUCCCCAAACAUUCACAGAGAUCCUGAGCCGAGCCACCAAGUACAUUAAUGCCGAGGAGGUGAUGCGGGUCAAGAGAAGUGAAUACUCAGAUAAGAAAGAGAAGAGAAGUCAGAACCGAGAGCAAAAGCCUGAAGAUAAAUCGGGCCAACGGGGGGAGAGGUCGGGCCCUCGAUGGAGUCCAGUCAAGUUCACCCUGCUUAAUACUCCUCGGGCUGAGAUCCUGGCCACAAUCGAGAAUAAGGAUUACUUGAAAAAAUCGAGACCCAUGAAAGCCCCGGCUAACAAGCGGAGUAAAGACAAGUAUUGUCGAUUCCAUCGAGAUCAUGGACAUGACACGGAGGAGUGCCAUCAACUUAAAGAAGAGAUCCAGGAGCUCAUCAAUCGAGGUUUCCUAAGGAGGUUUGUAGCUACGGAUACAGAACCACAAAGGGGUGAACGAAGGGGAUCGAGGAGCCCCCCUCGCAGGCGCGGUAGAUCUCAGGAACGACGCAGAACCAAAACCCCGCCCCGGAAAGAGAAUCGCCAGGGGGAUGGGAGUCCUCCGCAACAGUUGAUUUUUCAUACUCUAGCGACUGGGGUGGUGCCAAGCAAGGAAUCGAGGGAGAGUUCUGAUCUGCAUCGAAGUCCGGGAAUCAAAAGGGCUCGACCAGGGGAUGUUAUCUCCUUUACCGAUGACGACUUGCUCGGAUAUCCGGUUUCUAAUGAUCCGCUAGUCAUCACAGCAAAAUUGGGAAAAUGGGAGCUUCGGCGGAUUCUUGUGGACCCGGGGAGCUCUUCUGAAGUUUUAUAUCGACAAGCCUUUUUAAGCAUGGGAUACGAAAUGGAACAGUUGAAGCCCGCUCGUGUCCCCUUGAUUGGAUUCGACGGGGAAGUGGUAUAUGCGGAUGGUGUCUUCCAGCUCUUGUUGACUCUUGGAAAGGGUUCUCGGUUUGCCCAGGUCAUGUUAGACAUUUUGGUAGCGGAUGUCCCCUCGGCCUACAAUAUGAUCCUCGGAAGAUUGGGGCUAAAUGCUCUGCGGGCUGUGCCGAGUACUUAUCACAUGGUGCUUAAGUUCCCCACUGCGGCGGGGGUUGGAGAAGUUAGAGGAGACCUAAGGUCUGCCCGGGAAUGUUACAUGGCAUCCAUUAGCACAGCUAAGGGUGUUGUGCAGGAGCAGUUAGAGCCGCAAGAGGAUUCAAGACGGAGACGGAGCCCUACUGUGGGGGAGGUCGGGAUUUCCCUUCCCGCCACUGUCAAUUUUUUACUAGAAGGUCCAGAAGACCCAAAGACUGCUGAGCCAGUGGAUGAGCUUGUAGAGGUACCAUUGGACCCGGACAGAGUCGAUAGAUGCGUGAGGGUGAGCGCCCAAUUGAAAGACCCUAUUCGGACCCAGAUUGUAUCCCUUCUUAGCCAAUAUGCAGAUAUUUUCGCAUGGUCAGUCCACGACAUUCCAGGUAUAGACCCGGCAGUAAUGACGCACCGUUUGGGAGUAAAGCGGGGGUACCGACCUGUCAUACAGAAGAAGAGAAAUUUCGCCCUAGAUAGGGCAAGGGCCAUAGAGGCCGAGGUGGAAAAACUAAUGGCGGCAUGA